CGCAACAAUUACACUUCCUGGUUAGGAGGUGCUCCCCAUAGGUUUCUAUUGGUCUCGCUGUCUCUGCAAGUUGCAUGAAGAUUUAACAGCCCAUUCAUUUGCAGAAUUCUUCGAGCUAUCGGGUACGACUGAUUUUCCUAGCGCAACGAAUCCAUUCUUCAGGAUCUAAUCGUAACCCUGCAGUGAAAGCUGCCUAGGGCUAUCUACAUUACGAAAAGAGUGGGGUUCGACUACGGGUCAACUCAAGUGCACACGAGUUAUAGUUCUGCUGUCCUUGCAGGUGCUGAAGGGCAAGCUCUUGGCGAUGGGCAUGCUAUCCCUGGGCCUGGGUGCAGUUGGCGUGGCCAUUGCCGGGGUCUUCCUCGCCAACACGGAUUUCUGCUUGACUGGUGCAGAACAGGCCACUUUGGAGUACCUGGAGAACGCCGACCUGAAAACUAUUGGAGACGAGGAGAAGAUGUUCAAAGCCGGGACUCUGUGGGAGAAGUCUGGGGCAGUGGUCGUGGCUGUCCGGCGGCCUGGAUGAUUUUUGUGCAGAGAGGAGGCCUCUAGGCUGUCCUCUCUGAAGCCCCAGCUGGAGGAGCUGGGAGUCCCUCUGUUUGCCUUGGUGAAGGAGCACAUAGGCACACAGAUUCAGGACUUCAGACCACACUUCGCUGGGGACAUCUUCCUGGAUGAGCAGCAAAUCUUCUAUGGUCCUCAGCAGAGGAAAAUGGGGGGGUUGGGCUUCAUCCGGCUGGGCGUGUGGCUGAACUUCUUUCGGGCAUGGAAGGCAGGUUACCAGGGCAACAUGGAAGGGGAGGGCUUUGUUCUUGGCGGAGUCUUUGUCAUUGGAGCAGGGAAACAGGGAAUUCUGCUGGAACACCGGGAGAAGGAGUUUGGGAAUAUUGUUAGCAGCGAGGUCGUUCUUGAUGCAGUGAAGAAGAUCCAGAAGAUAGAUUAACUUUAUUAGAAAUGUAUGAAGUGAGAUGAGCUCUCCCAAGGUGCUGACAGUUCCUCAGAUCACAAGCAACCUGACAAACAUUAACCAGGACUUUGACAGGACUGGGCGAUUGUAUGUGAGAUUCCAUUUGUAACAACUGCAACAAAAACGUUCAACUAGUUUCCUGGCAAACUGAGCCCUUACUUGUUUUACGAAGGUAGUUUUCUCCUUUUUACUUUACCAUUCUGUAAACAAGUAAGUUGUCUGUUAUGUAGAGGAAUGAUUCUUGCUUAUGGAUUGCUUCUCUGUAAUUGUAUAGUUUUGUUGACAAUCUACCAUUACGCUACACUUGAAAUACUCUUCUGAAAUAACCCGUUCCUCUAGAGAAUGGGACCUCAAACCUUCAGUUACCACAUUGAUAUGGUAGUGUAAGAAAGGUUACCACUGCUGUGAAUUUAAAGACCCCUCAGGUAAAAGUAACAGAUACAUUUUUUUCAGGUACAGCAACUGCUUGCACUUACUUUCUCAAAUCUGUUGCAAAAUGUAAUUGAUACAACAGACUUGUACACUGCUCACUCACGUGAACUCUAAUUAUAGGUGUUGAAUCAAUAUUAUGUCAAUAUUCUUUCAGAUUGGCACUUAAAUGUCCUGUCAAUUUCAGCAUGCUUGAUGGGGUGGAUGCAGUGCACCACACCUUUUAGAAACAGGGCUGUCCAGUCUUGUUCGAAAAAGGGUCAGUGUGGGUGCAGGUUUUUGUUUUAAGCCAGCACUCACUACAACUCCCAUUUCAACCAGUGAACUAAUCAUGGUCUUCCAGACCUUGAUAAGUAUAAUCAGGUGUAUUAGUGCUGGGCUAAAAAAAAAACCUACACCCAGACUGGCUCUUUCAGAUAAGAUUGGACACCUCAGUUAUUGAAAAACCAAUUGACAUUAAGGUCGCUUCAAAUUAAGAUAUAGAGGAGUAUUUCCUGUUCUAUGUGACCACCAUGGCUGGCAUAUACAUACAUUACCUUUUAAGUGGGAUGUCCAGUCUAGUAAUUCUGUAUUUAUGAUAACAUGCAUAAGUUCUGGGUAAACGUAGUAGAGUGAGGUCAUGUUCCAUACCAUACUCUGUAGGUACAGUGUUAAUUGUGGGAUUGCUGCCUGUUCAGACUUCUUAGGCCCCUGUCACUGUUGUGCUUGGUGUGUUGAGCUUGUGUAUGCAUUAAUGAUAGCCUGUAUCCAAACUCUACAGAAAGAACAGGCUUGAUGUACGUAUACACACAGUCUCAGCUGCCUGGGCUAGACAUCGGCAGUCGGUCUUUGGGUCUGACUGUGGGUAAAUUCCAUCAACAAUAAACUGAGACCUUGUUGAAGCUUA